CAAAAAUUCGCUACAGAAAUACAGUCCAGUCUAGGGAGCUCAGCAUCACAAGGAAGGAUUUCAACUUCUGACUGGGUUGUGAACCAAAUCCAUUCACCUGACUCUUAACAGGAAUUUAGGAUCACAAAUGACUCAACGUACAGUUUUUUGGAACAGCAUCUUGACAGCCAUAUCUGCAGCCUGCAGAUUGUUCAUCACCAGCAGCUUAGAGGAAGGAGGAAGAAAUGCCUGGUUUGGGAAUUAUUAUUUCUGGGAUGUCCUCAAGAGAGAUUGAAAUAUGUAAACAUCAUUACAGCUGAUCCAGGGAGGACAAAAAUAGAGCAUGACAGUUGCCGGCAGUGUCCUAAGGACCAAAGAAAAUGACCAAGGCUCAGGAAUCACUGACAUUCAGCGAUGUUGCGGUAAAGUUCACCUGGGAGGAAUGGCAGCUCCUGAACCCUGCUCAGAAGACUCUAUAUCAGGAUGUGAUGUUGGAGAACUAUCGCAACCUGGUGUCCAUCGAGAUCCUGAAAGUUGAUGAUCAUUUGCUCCAUCAGUUGCAACAUGAAAGGAGCAUGGACAGAUCUGAGCAAUUCUAUAAAUUCAAUACAUUGGAAAAUAUUCUUCAUCAGCGCAAAAACAAUUUUCCUCUAAAGGAAAAUUAUGAGAUAUUUGGAAUAAAUGAAAAAAUAGUAAAACCCGAUUUAAUUAUUCCAGUAUUAAGUAAAAAAAAUAGUAGCAAGAUAAAGAAGUCAAUUGUGCUCAUUGGAGAUGAGAAAACUUUUUUGAAUGUUGAAGAAGACCAAUUUUGUACUGAAAUGAAAUUCUCUACGUGUGAAAAGUCCAGUAGCAUGAAGUCACAAUGCAUUCAGGGUCAGGAAUCUGACAAAUUUAAAAAACCAGGCAAAGGUGAUAAAUGUGGGAAGCCCUUCAUCAAGGAGUCUUUCCUCUGUGACCAUCAGAUCAUUCAUGUACUAGAUAAGACCUAUGAAUGCAGACAGUGUGGGCAAGAAUUCGACAGAGUAUUCAAACUCACUGCACAUUAUCGAACAGCUCAUAAAGGUCAAAAACAAUAUACAUGCUUGGAAUGUGGUAAAGCUUAUCACAGUAAAUCAUAUCUCCACGAACAUCAGAAAACUCAUGCAGCAGGGAUGCCCUGUGUAUGCAGUGAAUGUGGGAAAGGCUUCACUAGGAACAGCGAUCUCACUGCUCUUCCGCGAACUCUUACUGGGGAGAAAUCCUAUGUAUGUGGUGAAUGUGGAAAAGCCUUUACCAGGAAGCAUGCUCUCACUGUUCAUCAGCGAACUCAUACUGGAGAGAAACCUUAUGUAUGCAGUGACUGUGGUAAAGCUUUCAGCUGGAAGCGAUCCCUUACAGCACAUCAGACAUUUCACUCAGGAAAGAAGCCCCAUGUAUGUGGUGAAUGUGGAAAAGCUUUUAUGAGGAAGACUGUUCUCACUGAUCAUCAGCGAACUCAUACUGGGAAUAAACCCCAUGUAUGUGGUGACUGUGGAAAAGCCUUUAUCAGGAAGGAUGAACUCAUAGCUCAUCAGCGAAUUCAUACUGGAGAAAAACCUUAUGUAUGCAGUGAGUGUGGAAAAGCCUUUAACUGGAGGCAGGCUCUCGCUGUUCAUCAGCGAAUUCAUACUGGGGAUAAACCCCAUGUAUGUGAUGAAUGUGGAAAAGCCUUUAUCAGGAAGACUGCUCUCGCUGUUCAUCAGCGAACUCAUACUGGAGAAAAACCUCAUGUAUGUGGUGAGUGUGGAAAAGCUUUCAGCUCGAAGCGAUCCCUUUUAAGUCAUCAGACAUUUCACACAGGAAAGAAACCCCAUGUAUGUGGUGAAUGUGGAAAAGCCUUUAUCAGGAAGUAUGUUCUCACUGUUCAUCAGCGAACUCAUACUGGGGAUAAACUCCAUGUAUGUGGUGAAUGUGGGAAAAUCUUUAUCUGGAAGAAGGACCUCACUGUUCAUCAGCGAACUCAUACUGGGGAGAAACCUUAUGUAUGCGAGACUGCUCAAAAUAAACAAGAAUGAAGAAAAUAGAAGACGUUUGGGAACAUUUAGUCCAGAUGAUGAAUGGACCACAGCAAACCUCAGCCUCCACAACCGUGAGACGAGAAGAACUGGAUGGUGCCAGGCUGCCACUGCUAAUUACUCUGAAAGGGGUCACAAAAGACUGGCCUGAGUAGAGUGGGAGCACAAAGUGGAACAAAAUCCAAUCAUAAAAUAGACUAGGCUUACUGGUCUGAUGGAUACGUGGAAUCCUGACUCUGCCCUUAGCAACUCUUCACUCCCGGAACUAUACUCUCCCCUCUGAUUCAGCUUUCAGCCAAAAGAUAUACAGGCUUGGUGGGGAUGAAUAACAUCCAAGCAGUACACACACCUCAGAAUAACCAAGCACAUAAAAUCAAAAGGACAGCAUUUGCUAGUGGAUAAAAACUCUUGAAAGCAAGAAGGGACUGGAAGGAAGGAUGGAUAAUGAAAACACAGGGAGGGCAGAAGUGGGAAGAGUGCUGGUAGA